AUGUUGUCUCCAGCAGAUAUCAAUGUUCCUCAAUCAUCCUCCACACUUACGGUCAGAGCCUUCAAUGUUCUGACAAGCGCUUCCAAAGCACCGCUUGCUUUGUUCUCGGAGCCUGUUCUUCCUGGUCGAGUCCUCUUAGAUCAUGUUCCUGCAUACGCUUUUUUGAUCGAGCAUAACGAGAGCCAGAGACGGGUGAUGUUCGACCUUGGUCCUCGAAAGGAUAAAGAUGGAUUCGCGCCUCAACUCCAUGCAGCGGUUUUGUCUAUUCCUGGCUAUGAACUCCACGUGGAACGGGAUAUUGUGGAACAGCUUCAGGAUGGAGGGGUGGACCUGGAUUCGAUUCAAGCCGUCAUUUGGAGUCACACUCACCUCGACCAUACGGGUGACAUGUCUAAAUGGCCUUCCUCCACGAAACUCGUGAUUGGUCCUGGAAGUGACCGUAGAGGAUAUCCCACUGUCCCGGAUGCUGUUCUUCUCGACAGUGAUUUCGCGGGACGUCAAGUAGAGGAAUUGUCCUUCACUGACUCUUCUCUCAAAGUUGCUGGGCAUUCCGCUAUCGAUUUCUUCAAAGAUGGUAGUUUGUAUAUCAUCGACAUGCCUGGGCACUGCCCAGGCCAUAUCGUCGCCCUCGCACGGGUCAAACCAGACUCCUUCAUCCUUUUCGGGGGAGAUACCUGCCAUCACCAGGGCCAGAUUCGUCCCAAUGAACACAUCCACAGGUCGUAUCCCUGCCCUGAUGAUAUCCUCUUAUCUGCCAGAAAAUCCGUCUCCACUGAAUACUUUCCCUCACCUCUCCAUCCUGGCACGAACGAAUUUGACUUGAGCAAGCGCACUACUCCGCUUCUGACUAUCCCCCCUCCACCGUCGGCGUACCAUGAUCGAGAACAGGCAAUCGAGUCACAGAGAACUCUAAGCGUGCUCGAUGCACAUACGGAUGUAUUCUUGGUCACUGCGCAUGAUUUGACAUUAGAGGGAAUAAUUGAUUUGUACCCGGCGACUUUGAACGAUUGGAAGGAGAAAGGGUGGAAGAAGAAGGCUAUGUGGUCUUUUGCAGAUGUAAAGAGCAAGGCAUUCAUCUUCAGUCCUUGUUGA